CGUUUUUAUUAUGUCGUCAAUUGUCAAAGUUGAAAGUUCAUCAAAGUUCAUCGACACAUUAUUUUUUGGCAAUGAGGCAGUUUGCCAUCAUUUCGUUUGUAUUUUAGCACACACUCGUAUUAAUUCGUUGUGGCCUGUUUUUGAGUGAAAAUGGCAUCGCUCAAGGUUUAUUUAAUUAUUAUAUCAGUUUUUAUGUGCGGAAUACAAAUUGGUGAUUGUAUCACACCAACUUCACUGGAUAAAACUUUUCAAAAAGGUAUAAAAGCUUACUCGGACGAAAGAUGGUCCUUGUGCAUUGAAAAAUUUGAAGAAGCUUUACAUUUGUAUAAACUAUACAAGUCUGUUGUAAUAAACUGUAGAAUUAAGUGUAACUCACAAGUUUAUGAAUCUCAAGUUAAAGAAGAUAUCGAUGAUCUAAGAAUAUUCGAAAUGUAUUUCAAUAAGCGUGACUGUUUAAAUAGAUGUCAAGAUAAAGAGUUUGCUAAUAUGAACCUGAAUAAAACACUUGAUGAGUCUACUCUUCAUGAUAUGCAGUCCAAGAAACCUUAUGAGUAUCUACAUGUAUGCUAUUUCCAACAACGCAUGUUUCAAAAAGCUGUCUCAGCUGCAUACACAUACCUGGUUGCCAAUCCCAAUGAUGAAACAAUGAAAAACAAUGUAAAAUACUACAUAGAGCAGCCAGAAGUGGACAUGAAUGACAUAAUUGAUAUGGAGAGUGAAGACUAUGUAAUAAUGUAUAACUUGGGUAAGAAAUCAUACAAUCAAGAAAAUUGGGGUGAAACUGCAGCAAACAUGGAAGAAGUCUUAAAAGGUUACUUUGCAUCAGAAAACAAUUGUCGGGCAGAAUGUGAAAGGCAGCCCGGACAAGAGUGGUCCGCAGAAUUUGUCAUUACCAUGUCAAAUAAUAUGGCAUCUCUCUUACAUUGCCGACAACAAUGCCAAGACAAGCUUAGACCUCUCAAUUAUAAUUCUGGAGUGGAGUUCAUUGCUGAUGUGCUUAAUUAUUUGCAAGUGGCCUAUUAUCAUCUUGAGAAACUGAAUGAUGCUGCUCAGGCUGUUGCAAGCUAUUUGGCCUUGAUGCCUGAAGAUGAAGAUAUGCUUGAGAAUAUAAAAUUUUAUAGUAAACAAGUUGACAAAAAAGCUUUUUUGCAGAGAUCUGAAGUAGUUCAUUACUUGAAACGUGAUACUUACGAAAAGAAUAUACUGAUCUUUUUUCACCAAGGACAUAAGCAUGACAUUGAUUUUGACUCCAUUCUUAACUCUUAUAAUUUUUUGAAGUAGUCUAAAACAUGCUGCUUCCAUAUUUGGUGCUAUUGAUUGAUACAGUCUGUAUUCAGUCUAAUUUGAUGUUCCUAAUCUUAAAAAUAACAAGUAAGAAGUAGUAUAUUACAUAGAUAUAUUUUUUUACCUUUUUUGCAUUUUUAUAAAAACAUUAAAAAACUAAAUUAAAGUUACAGCUUGUCUAAGGUGGAAUGGUGCCAUUUUAGCUUAGAUAAGCUUAAUAUUAUGUACAUGUCUAUAUAAGUAACGAAUGCCUAGUUAGUAAGUAAGGAUAAACUAAAAGUGCCAUAAUUAAUAACUUUGUAAGACCAAAGAAACUGCCUAUUAAAUUUUUCUAUGCAUAUUUUAAAA